AAUAGAUUUGAUUAAAUGCAUUGAUCGAAUAGAUUUGAUCAAAUGCAUUGAUCUAAUUUGAGCAUCUCUAGAAUAUAAUCGACCCUUUAACAGGGAAAGUAUCAAGCGUCCAUUUAUUAGUCCAACCUGCUAUAUCUUCCGUUGAUUAUCUUUAAUUGAUGCGUUGAUUUGUGAGCAAUCAGUAACUAUGUUUGUAUGAACGUAAUUUCUAACGUUAGUGUAUAGUUUACGCGUGUGUACACUCGAGUCAAACAUGUCUCCUUCCCUGAUGAUCGUGUGACGUUGUGGCGAUCAAUGAUCGUAAACGUCAAUGUGACUAACACUUCUCACUUCUCUUUAUGUCAUUAUCAUACGCUCACCCAACAGGAUGGGCUCCAGCACCCUUGCUACAAAAGCGGAGCAGUACCUAUAUAAUAUAAAUCCUCUGGCUCAAAGGAUUGGCCAAGAUAUAACUGCAACAAAAGAGGCUUAUGAAGGCUUAUGGAAUACUCUGAGCACAGCUGAGCGCAAUCAAGCCAUCAAUGAGACUAUAAUUCAACCUGAGGUAGCAUUAAAAUACACUCUGAAGAAGAUAGAAUUGACCAAAGAGUUACCUGAAUGGUAUCCAAAACUACGUAUACAGACUGGAAUGAAGUAUGUCAUUGAUGAAACUGGUUCUACAUUACGAUGGCGAGAUGAGCACUCCGCUCCAUUUUCAUUCAUGACACAGUCGCAGAUGAACCUAAGUCUAAUAGAUUCUAGUGAGGAUCUCAAGUCAAAAUCAAUGAGAACUCAUUUUGGGGAGUCUCCACAUUUCUCCAGUCCCAUUAAAGCGCAGAGAAGUAAUCCUUGUUCCUUGAGUGACAGUUACAGCUCUGCUCAUCAAGUCAGCUGUUACCAGUCUGAUUGUUAUGCCAGCAGUUUGUUUGAAAAUGACCAGUGCAGUGACUUGUUGACCAAUGGAAUCGAUACCGAACACUCCGACAGUAUAUUUGCUAAGCUGAUCAACAAGACUUCCUUGUUGAAGCUUCAAAAUAAUAUCGAGGACGACAUGGAGAGUCUGGUGAGGGAGAGAGACUCCGACACCGACAAGAGUCAGUCAAACACUUUAGUGGUGAUGUCGCGAACGAAGUCGAGCGACAUAAAUGAGUCGACCGCUCUUCUGGAGACACCGAGCUCCUACAGCAGCUUCCAGUCGACCCAAUUGAAUCAGGAAGAGGAGGAGAGAAGUAUACCAAAGACCGGGUUUGAGUUUCUCGAUAACUGGUAAGUUCGCUCCAUUGCGGAAAUCAUUUCUUCUCCUAAACGCACUCUUAUUCACACAUAUAUUGGAGCGAUACGUCUGACUAAAUCCUUUUUAUAUUGUGUAAGAAAUAUUUGCGUAUGUGUGUGUGCAUGCGUGCGUGAAAGCCAGAGGCAUUACAAUAAUUAAUGUACGAACAUAUUCGUGCGAAGAAGCGAAGUAUUUUCUACAACAUGACUUUUGUAAAGACUUCUUUUUAUAUUUUUAUUUUGUAAUACUUUAUUUUUUAUUGCGCUACCCGAGGUAAGACUGACAGGAACAAUUCUCUCGCGUGUAUCUCCAUGCGAAUCCGCCUAAUCCUAUUUACAUUCUCACAGAGAGAAUCGUAAGUACAUAUCGCGCUUGGACAUGUCGGACAGCGUUUAGCCAGUUUAGAUUUGUUACCUAUCUUCUUUUUAUAGAAGACAUAGUAUCGUAUUUUAUGAUAUCAAAAUGUAUCCCUCGUAGCGUGUAUAGCGCUUAUAUAUACGAACGAAUAAACACGCUUAUCGUACUUCAUGUCGAAA